CCACAUUUCGUCUUCACCUGUACCAUGCAUACAUGGUUUGGGGCACGUGGCUCUGUUACCCGGAUGAAGUAAGACAUGUGCAAGGUUUGAGGAGUGUUCUCGUGCAACCAGUCUUCUGAAUUAUAUCAUUCCGUGUCCUCCGGACUGUCAAGUGAACCGUCUCCCUGCGUUGUCAGCCCCAAGUUCUUUGAUUUAACGCACAAAGAUGUUCCGCCUCCCAGCAGUAAUGAGACAGGUGCGGCCAGUGUGCCGGGCCCUAGCCCCACACCUCACCCGCUCCUACGCCAAGGACGUCAAGUUUGGGGCCGAUGCACGCGCCCUCAUGCUGCAAGGCGUGGACCUCCUGGCGGACACUGUGGCAGUCACCAUGGGACCCAAGGGCCGCACAGUCAUCAUCGAGCAGAGCUGGGGAAGCCCCAAGGUCACCAAAGAUGGCGUCACCGUGGCCAAGAGCAUCGACCUCAAGUGCAAAUACCAGAACAUCGGCGCCAAGCUGGUUCAAGACGUGGCCAACAACACCAACGAGGAGGCUGGAGACGGCACCACCACGGCCACCGUUCUGGCCCGCGCCAUCGCCAAGGAAGGCUUUGACACCAUCAGCAAAGGGGCCAACCCUGUAGAGAUCCGACGCGGCGUCAUGCAGGCCGUGGAGACCGUUAUCGGCGAGCUGAAGAAUCUGUCCAAACCAGUGACCACCCCAGAGGAAAUCGCUCAGGUGGCAACUAUUUCUGCCAAUGGAGACAGUGAGAUCGGAAAUAUCAUCUCCAACGCAAUGAAGAAAGUGGGCAGGAAAGGAGUCAUUACUGUAAAGGAUGGCAAAACUUUGCAUGAUGAGCUGGAGAUCAUUGAGGGCCUGAAGUUUGAUCGUGGCUAUAUCUCUCCCUAUUUCAUCAACACCGCUAAAGGUCAGAAGUGUGAGUUCCAGGACGCGUUCCUGCUGCUGAGCGAGAAGAAGAUCUCCAGUGUGCAGAGCAUCGUGCCCGCUUUGGAGAUCGCCAACCAGCACCGCAAGCCUCUGGUCAUCGUGGCCGAGGAUGUGGACGGAGAGGCGCUGAGCACCUUGGUCCUCAACAGGCUGAAGGUGGGACUGCAGGUGGUGGCAGUGAAGGCUCCUGGCUUUGGAGACAAUCGCAAGAACCAGCUGCUGGACAUGGCCAUCGCCACUGGGGGCACUGUGUUUGGUGAUGAGGCCACGGGUCUCGCCCUGGAAGAUGUGACGCCGCUCCACUUUGGCAGGGUGGGCGAGGUGCUGGUGACCAAGGACGACACGAUGAUCCUAAAGGGGAAAGGGGACCCAGACGCCAUCGAGCGACGCGCCAACGAGAUCGUGGAGCAGCUGGAGAGCACCAGCAGCGACUACGAGAAGGAGAAGCUGAACGAGAGGCUGGCCAAGCUGUCUGACGGAGUGGCUGUGCUCAAGAUUGGAGGCACGAGCGAUGUGGAGGUGAACGAGAAGAAGGAUCGUGUGACUGAUGCUCUGAAUGCCACGCGGGCAGCUGUGGAGGAGGGCAUUGUGCCCGGCGGAGGCUGUGCCCUGCUGCGCUGCAUCCCGGCCCUUGAUGCCAUCACGCCAGCCAAUGCUGACCAGAAAGUUGGUAUUGAUAUUAUCCGUCGUGCCCUGCGUAUCCCGGCGAUGACCAUUGCCAAGAACGCCGGUGUGGAGGGCUCCCUGGUGGUGGAGAAGAUCCUGCAGAGCGAGGCGGACAUCGGUUAUGACGCCCUGGUUGGGGAGUACGUCAACAUGGUGGAGAAGGGCAUCAUUGACCCCACUAAGGUCGUGAGGACGGCCCUGUUGGACGCGGCCGGUGUGGCGUCACUGCUGUCGACGGCAGAGGCGGUUGUCACGGAGAUCCCCAAGGAGGAGAAGGCUCCGGACAUGGGUGGCAUGGGCGGAAUGGGAGGCAUGGGUGGCAUGGGCGGAAUGGGAGGAGGCAUGUUCUAAACGCCAGACGCGACUCAAUGCCCCUCGAAACUCAAACAGACUUAUUAAUAAGCGAAUAAGGACCGGGGGCGGAGUGGGAGGAGCUGAGGGACAGGACGUGCCCUCCACUUACCCCCACCCACCCCUUUACCUGCUGGGAGACAGAGAAGGAGCUGCUGAACUGAUCUGGACACAACAGGCAACCUUCUCGCCUAUUCAGCAGCACUGUACAUUCAUAAAUGACCUUUAAUGAAUCCCCACCACUGACGACUCAUAAAAGUUCAGCCCCACCACUGCUCUUCCCUUCACAGCUAGACCAGGGUACACCAGAUGGCACGGUGUCGAGGGCGAACACGUCCUGCCUAGAAAUGAGACUCUGUUCCAGCUGGCUGCCUUAUUGCUCUGAAGCGCACACGUUUGCUGUACUUUACAGCGAGAAAAUAAUGCACAUCACACCUCCCUCUCCCUCUCCAGUGGCUCCACUUAAGAUUGUGGGCAUUUCUCAAAAUCUAGUGUGCACACUUCCAAGUGUAUUCAGCCUAAUUAGUCACACCCAGUGAUUGGAUACUCUUUCUAGCUCUUUCGAGCUUC